AUGCCUGCUGUUACCGCUGCUACCCCCGCUACCCCUGCCCCCGCUUCCCUCAAGGCCGCUGUUGCGCCUGUAGAUGGUCAAUUCGACGUGACGAGUCUUUUCGUCGCUGACAAGGCGACCCGCGAGUCGGCGGCUGCCACUCUUGCCGCUAUCGCUCAAAAGGACGGCCCCAAAGCCCUCCAGUCUGUUGGCUUCACGGAUGCUGCCAUCAAGGCGCUUGGUGACAAGAAGUCACCUGCCGCUCGUGAAGGCGCAGCAAACGCCGUAGCGGUCCUCGCAUCCUCUGACGCUAUCAGGGCCCUAGAGCCCAUUUUCCUUGGCUCCGGUCUCUACAAUGCACUCCUCGAAAGCUUUGCUGACAAGAUGCCCGCUGUGCGGACAGCUUCCAUCGAGGCAGUAAAGGCAUACGUUUCUUCUAUGAACCCGUGGGCGACUGCCCUUGUGCUCCCCGCUCUUCUUCAAGAGAUCAAGACGGCCGGUAAAUGGCAAGUCAAGACGGGUGCUCUUCUUAUUCUCAAUCAGCUUGUUGUUUGCGCCCCCCUUCAGACUGCUCGCCUUACUCCUGAGAUUGUCCCUGUCCUCUCCGAGGCCAUCUGGGAUACCAAGGCCGACGUGAAGAAGGCUGCGCGUGAUUCGCUUGAAAAGGCCACCGCUUUGGUUUCUAACAAGGACAUAGAACGUUUUAUUCCCGCUCUAAUCAAGGCUCUUAUUAAUCCCGUCGAGGAAGUUCCUAACACUAUUACACUUCUUUCCGCGACCACAUUCGUUUCUGAGGUUGAUUCCCCGACCCUUUCCCUCAUGGUUCCUCUCUUGUCUCGUGGGUUGAACGAAAAGCUUACGGCUACGAAGCGCAGGGUCGCAGUUAUCAUCGACAACAUGGCCAAGCUCGUCGAUUCCGCUGUGACUGUGCGGCCUUUCAUUCCUAAGCUUCUUCCCGGCUUGAUCAAGGUCGAGAGUACAAUCGGCGACCCUGAAGCUCGUGGUGUCGUUGCUCGUGCUGUUGCCACUCUCCGCCAAGUUGGUGAGGUCCCAGAAGGCGAUGGAUCCGACCUUCCCCCUCUCAGGAAGGCUGAUGAUAAGCAGCUUGCCACCUCUCUCGUCGGUCUUUACAAGAAGGCUAACGUCAACCCGAUACCUUCUGUUUCUUCUGUCGAGGCUUUGUACGUUGGAAGCCUUGCGUCAAACCUCGUCAACGCCAAGAACUUCGACCUUGCCGAAUGGCAGUCUCUGGCGCCUCUCCUUACCUUCGUCUCUUCGUCCCCAGAACCUAUCUCGAUCGUCAACGAGUGGGUUGUCAAAUCUGCGUCGCAGGACGACGAUGAUCAAGAAGUGCCUGAUGAUGAAGAAGAGGGCGAGGAUUUGUGUAACUGCCAGUUCUCUCUCGCUUACGGUGCCAAGAUCUUGUUGAAUACCGCUACUCUCCGUCUCAAGCGCGGCCAUCGGUACGGUCUGUGCGGACGUAAUGGUACGGGCAAGUCCACCCUCAUGCGGGCCAUCACCAAUGGUCAAGUCGAAGGAUUCCCGUCCCCCGAUGAAGUUCGCACCUUCUAUGUCGAGCAUGACAUUGACGGUAGUGAGGCCGAUACCACCAUUCUCGACUUCAUUUUGGCGGACACGCGUAUUCAGGGCUCCAAGGACGAGGUCAUCGAGACGCUUGCUUCUGUCGGUUUCAGCGAUGAGAGGCAGAAGCAAGCGAUUGGUAGCUUGUCUGGUGGUUGGAAGAUGAAGCUUGCGUUGGCCCGUGCGAUGUUGUUCAAGGCCGACAUUCUCCUGCUCGAUGAGCCCACUAACCAUCUUGACGUCGUCAACGUCGCUUGGCUGGAGAACUAUCUGACGAGCUUGACGACUUGCACGUCUAUUAUCGUCUCACACGAUUCCGGUUUCUUGAACAAUACGAUCACUGACGUACUCCACCUCAACCGCUUCAAGCUGAGGAGGUAUAGGGGCAAUCUGGAGUUGUUCAUGAAACAAGUUCCCGAAGCACGCUCGUACUACACUCUCGAGGCUCAGGAGGACUACCAAUUCAAGCUCCCUGACCCGCCGCUGCUCGAGGGUGUCAAGACGAAGGAGAAGAGUUUGCUCAAGAUGCGUAAAGUUGGUUUCCAAUAUCCCACUCAGCAAGUGCAACAGCUCUACGACAUUACGCUCCAAGUUUCCCUCUCAUCCCGUGUCGCCGUUCUGGGUCCCAAUGGGUCCGGUAAAUCUACGCUUGUCAAGCUACUUAUUGGAGACCUCGAGCCCAACAAGGGUGGUGAGAUCUGGAAACACCCGAACCUGGUCAUUGGCUAUGUUGCGCAACAUGCCUUCCACCAUAUCGAUAAUCACCUCGACAAGACCCCGCUUGAGUACAUGUUGUGGCGUUACCAGACUGGUGAAGACUUGGAGGAGAUGAUGAAGGCGAACCGUCAGAUCACCGAGGAGGAAGAGAAGAAGAUGAAGGAUGGCUCAUUGGUCAUCGUCGAGGGUCAGAAACGUUUGAUCGACGAGAUCAUUGGACGCAAGAAGCUCAAGCAGUCCUACGAGUAUGAAGUAUCGUUCAAGGGUCUCAGCUCUUCCGAGAACAUUUGGCUGCCUCGUGACGAUCUCAUCAAGCGUGGAUUCGAGAAGAAGGUCCUUGAGGUCGACACUCGUGAAGCGCAACGUCUUGGUCUUCUCCGUCCUCUCGUUCGUCGGGAGAUUGAGAAACAUUUCGCUGAUUUCGGCCUCGAGGCCGAGUUCGUCUCGCACAACUCAAUGAGAGGUCUUUCUGGUGGUCAGAAGGUCAAGGUUGUUCUCGGUGCUGCCACAUGGCGCCGUCCUCACGUCAUCUGCUUGGAUGAGCCGACGAACUACUUGGAUCGUGAGUCGUUGGCUGCUCUCAUCAAGGCGCUCCAAGAGUUUGAGGGUGGUGUGCUCAUCAUCACGCACAACCGUGAUUUCUCCGAGUCGCUGUGCAAGGAAGUUUGGGCGAUGCGCGAUGGUCACCUUGAGGCGUCAGGCCACAACUGGGUGGAAGGUCAAGGCUCCGGGCCUCGUAUUGACAAGAAGGACGGUGAGGAUGACGAUCAGUACGACGCGAUGGGUAACAAGAUUGAGAACAAGAAAGCGAAGAAGAUCACGGCGUCCGAGGCACGGAAGCUCAAGAAGGAGCGCAUGGCGCGGAAAAAGCGUGGUGAGGAGGUCACCGACGAUGAGUUGUAA